CUAUUCUUCAUUAGUAAGUCAUUCAUCAAUUUUUAUCUAUUAAAAGAAAUCACUAAACCCUAAAAUAUCAAUCAAGUCUAUAUAAAAGCCCAUAGUCUUCUUCUUCAAGAACCUAACAAGUCAUUAUUCAAGACAUUUCAAGAAAAUUUUCAGAAACCCUUUUUAGAAAAAUGGCUGACAAUUACUCUUCACAACCUCCUUCAAUACACUUAUGUUUUUUCUUUCUUGUUCUCUUCUCCUUUGUAAGUAUAACAUGGUACAUCAACUAUGAGUCUAUUUUUGAAGGAAUUAUGGAUCAGAUGAAGCUCGUUCUCAUGGUAUCUCCUUUGCUGUUGCUGCUAGUUGUGCAUUUGCUUUCAAGCUUGGAGAAAUCUCUGUUCUUUAUUCCGUUGCCUGAUCAAGAAUCAUUUCAUAGAGCUGGUGGAACUCCUUGGGGAGUUGGCUUGCUCCUUGUGCUUCUCCUUUUCAUGAUUUCUUACCAGUCUGAUUUUCGCGAAAGAUGGUUUCCUCUUUUAGGUUGA